AUGGAAAAUGAAUGUAAUUUUCCAAGAAAACUUCGUUAUGAUAUUAGUAUGUCAAAAAGAACAAGAAAAACAGCGAAAGAAGAAGACGUUGUGGUUGAAAGUGUGGAGUAUCAUGAUGAAGAAUUGAUGAAUAAUUCAGAUGAGAAGAAGAGUUUAAAGCAAUUGAUUGAAGGUAGAAGGACUUCUUUGGGACACCAUUUUACAGAAGAAGAAAGACAAGUUCAAAUAGUUGUAAAACAGGCAGAGAAUAAUGGUGUUAAAUUCAAGGAAAUGGUUAGUCGUUAUGCUAAAGUUUUAAGCCAUAUGAUUAAGCUUAAGAGAAAGAAGCCUGCAGGUUACAUAUUGAAGAUGCAAGUACAUACUAAUAAAUAAUCUUGAUCAUCCAUGUUUUACUAUCUAUUCAUUCAACUCUUUUCUAUUUUCAUUUAAGGAAAAGAAUGGUUAUAUAUGCAAAUGUAGUCGAACCCAAUAGAUUUUAUUUAAACAUGUAUUUGUGUUUAUUAAAUAUGAUGGAUCAUCAGUGAAUGCGCCAA